CCAGCGAGGCACGGAGGCAAGCAGUCCGGCGGAAGCUCGCACUCGCAGGUGGCAGCAGCAGCACCCACCCAAGGGCAUCAACAUUCUCAAUUGGAGCUGCUUCGGCAUCCUCAGGAGAGCAAACAAACAAGCAGGCAAAUGCUUCGUGUUGGAAGAAUCUGUACGAGAUCGAAUUCAGCCCGUGCUGUAUUUGCAUUCCUUGCGGGUCCUCGACCUUUUGCUAGUCGCGACACCACGUAUCGCUUGGGCAGUAAGUUUCUUGGGACUAAGUGCACCGGCGAUGAACAUAUAGGAUUCCUGACCCACAAACCUCGUGUUGGUAGUUGCGGCGCGUGCUUUUCCACUGCUACCGAAACAGUUCUGGUCCAAGCCCGUGACUCGUCUCAGCUAGCGUUGGAGAUAGAGAAUGCGAUCGAUCAGAAGAGGUUUGAUGAUGCGUGGAGGGCAUAUGAGAAGCAUGUUCACAUGGACGGGUUCCCAAGGAAGUCUGUUUUGGGUAAGCUCAUCACUGGCUUCGCGGUCACCUGUGAUGCUCACAGGCUUAACCAGUCAUACAAUGUCGUCGAUCAUGUGUCUCGAGACAAGGUUGAAUUGUUGGACAGGGAGCCCCUAAUCUACCUAUCUCUUAUUCUAGCACGUUGCGCUCUUCCUGAUCUUGCAGUCAAUGUUGUGAGGAAGUUAGUAAAGAUGGAAGCAUACCCACCCGUUGCUGCAUGGUCUGCAAUCGUAGCACACAUGUGUCAAACUGCAACCGGUUCAUUUCUUGCUGCCGACAUGGUAAUGGAGAUUGGAUACCUUUUCCAGAAUAAUAGAGUUGAUCCGCGCAAGAAGAGCAAUCGUCCAUUGCUAUCAAUGAAACCCAAUUCAUUUACCUUCAGCAUAGUUCUGACAGCAUCCCUCUUGUUUGGUACCAUUAAAAAGGCGGAACAGCUUCUUGAAUUAAUGCUCAGGAUAGGGGUGAAACCGGAAGCCAGCUUGCUGAUUGUCAUGGCCCGUAUAUAUGAAAAGAAUGGACACAAGGAUGAGAUUCAGAAGUUGAAGAGGCAUGUUGAUGAGGCAUGUGGUCUAAGUGAAUCAGAAUUCAGGCAGUUCUAUGAUUGCCUGCUCUCCUGUCAUUUAAAAUUUGGGGAUUUGGAUUCUGCUGUGGAUAUGGUGUUGGAUAUGCUUAAAAAGGGUAAAAAUGCUAAACGGUCACUAGAAGCAGCUAAAGCAGUCCUCGAAGCAGUUGAGAAUAACAAAAUUUAUCUUCCUUAUGACAAAGCAGGUACUGAAAAUCCGGGUUCCCCAAAUAAAUCUGUGUCUAGUGAUAGCCAAAUGCUGAACUAUGUUUCAUUCUUCAAAGACAAGAGCUUUGCAAAGCUUGAAUUAGAGGCGAGAGAAUUACACAAGCUAUUAUCAGAUAAGCUCCAGGAACAGGUUGGACUAGUUAAAUCUGAACAUGGUAUCCUCCAUCCAACUGAAACAAUGUAUGCCAAACUUGUCAAAGCUUUUCUGGAAGCAGAUAAGAUCAGUGCGUUGGCAUCAUUUCUUGUGAAAGCAAGCAAAGAAGACUGUCCAGUGUCUGUUGAGAGCUCUUUUGUUGUCCAAGUAAUAAGUACAUGUAUUUCUGUUGGGUUAUUAGAGCAAGCACAUGAUCUUCUUGACGAGAUGAGAUUUUCUGGAAUUAGGGUUGGUUCUUCCAUUUAUUCGUCGCUCCUAAAAGCCUACUGCAAGGAGGGCCAUCAUGAAGAUGAUAUAACUGCACUUCUGAAGGAUGCUGAUCAAGCAGGAAUUCAGUUGGACUCAAGCUGCUAUGAACAUUUGAUACAAUCCAGGGCACAUCGCAAUAACACCACAGGUGCUCUCCAUCUUUUUAAUGAGAUGAAGAACUCAAACAUUCAAAGAUCUGGUCACAGGGAGUUUGAGAUGUUAGUACAAAGCUGUGAUAACAGUGAAGCUGCUUUGACGACUAAGCUAGUAGAAGAAGUCAGAAGUGGCCAUACGGUUAAUCAUGCUAUUCAUGACUGGAAUAAUGUUAUACAUUUCUUCUGUAAGAAGAGAUUAAUGCAUGAUGCUCACAAAGCACUGAGCAAGAUGCGUGUUUUAGGCCACAUGCCAAAUGCACAAACUUUCCAUUCUUUAGUAACUGGUUAUGCUGCUGUUGGUGGAAAAUAUGUGGAGGUGACGGACUUGUGGGGUGAAAUGAAAGUUCUGGCGAACUCCAACUCAAUGAAAUUUGAUCAAGAACUAUUGGACUCUCUGUUGUAUUGCUUUGUGAGAGGUGGUUUCUUUCUUCGAGCAAUGGAAGUUAUAGAAUUGAUGGAAAAAUGCAAGAUGUUUAUAGAUAAAUACAAGUACAAGUCCCUGUGGCUUAAAUAUCACAGAACAUUGUACAAAGGUAAAGCUCCCAAGGUGCAAACAGAAGCUCAAUUGAUAAGGAGAGAAGCAGCAUUACAUUUCAAGAGAUGGAUUGGGUUGACAUGAGAGUGAGAUUCUAUGAGCACUUCUAAAGUUAACCACAGAGCAUCCCCAAUUAUCA